AUGUUAAAUACAAUUAUUAGUUUAUGUGAGAAACGGGGCUUUUUAAGAAAGUUGAUGCUGCCCAGAUUAAAUGCCGAGCAAUUUAAGUUUGGGCCGACUGGAUUGUUGUUACGGGAAAUUUUAAGAACUGAGUGGUUUUAUAGUUUAGUUAUCAAUAAGGAUAUCAGUAUUUUUCUAUCUGAUGAGAAUUUCACGGAAACUUACAAUUUUGCCAGAACACUUUGCAUGGACAAAUUACCAUUUGGUAUUGCUGAAAUUGUCGAAAAUAGAAGACACACCUCGGAUGGUGAGCUCAUCGCAUAUUAUAAUAGCAUAAUUAAAAAUGGAGAUAUAAAUUUUGCCAAGUUUUUUAAUAAAGAGGACCAAGCGCUACUAAGGUGUACAGUUUUUACUCCUGCUACAGAUUCAACUCAAUUUUUCCAUCAGUGGCAAAGACAGAGGAGAAUAUGGUGGCGCAAGUGUUCUCUGAAUCCAGGGCGAUAUCGCCUGACAGACAUUAAAACGGAUGAUUCGCAGAUGCAACAUGUCGAUAUUUUGGCAGAUUAUCCUUGGAAUUCUCAAAUCCUGGAAACAAUAGUGCUGCAUCCUUCGCCAAAAAAAAUAAAUAAAGUGCAAUUACAAUGCUGUUACAAGUUUAUGGAUGGGAAACGCAAAGUGGAAGCUCAUGCUGUGGUUAGUGAAAUAAAUAUGGCCGUAAUGUUCUUGAAUACCAUUUGUGAUGCGUUUGAUGAGACAACAUUUAACGCUAAGUCUCGGACAUUACUGAGACUUCAUAGGAAACUAGCCCCUUACAAAAUAAGUUUUGCAGUUUCCGGCACAACUUCAGCUGUUGUGUCUGAAUUGAAAGAUCUUGCUUUGUAUCUCACAAAACAGCUCAGAGUCAAUCAUGUGUCCACUUUAUAUCUCCCGAAUAACUCAAAAUUGACGUUGGAGGCACAAUGGAAACAAUAUGAUCAGCUCGGGAUACCUUUCAAUGUGCUUCUCAAUGAGGGCACUCUAAAGGAUGGGGUUGCUUAUCUAAGAAGCCGAGAUACCACAUUAAAAGAGCAAAUUCACAUCACCAAUCUCGUGGAUUAUGUAGAGAAAUUAUUUAAGAAUUACUAAGACAAAUGUGAGGACCUAACAGGAUCUUAGAGAAACAGUGAUGUCUAUAUAUAUAUAUGACAUUUAACAAACUGGAAAAUAGACUUAUACAAAUAUUUACAUGUGAAUUUACUAAACACAAUUCCCUACAUUUUUAGGUGCGCUUAAUUAGCUGUAGGAAGGAUGUUUUGGUAAUGUGUUUUAGUGUACAAGAAUUACAGGAAAUAUAAGAAAGCAUAAUUAAGCUACAAGCUGAAUUUUUACUAGAAUAAUAAUAAGAAAUAUUCCAAUUAUUGUCUAUAGGAGGUGCUUUUGAACAUUUUUUCAUUUAGAUGUUGCAUGUGCUAUAUCUUUGCAUGCAGAAAUUGCAUCCUAUCUUGAAGAACAAAUACGCUAAAUUAAUUACAGAAUUAUACUGAUGCCGACGUGGGGGCUUCAAUUCUACACUGGUUUUCCAGGCCUUAACUCCUUUUUUGCCUAAAUAUAUACUGCAAAUAUCGACGAUCUGUCAGCGGCCAUGUUUGUUGAAAACCGAAAAACGAAAUUUUAAAUCUCGCGCAUGCGCACGUUGAAUGGACCUUCUCAACAAAAAAUUACAUAGUUGCUUCAUGAGUUCCUGUAUUGUCAGCAUAGGCAGGGCCCCUAUAUGUUUAGUAGCUAUAUGGAUACACCCCCCCCUCACCUCACCGAAGACACCAAAAACUGCGGAUUCUGCAGGCAACAAUCGACCCGCACCACG